AUGGUCUCAUUUGUUGCUACGUCCGUCUUUACUUCUACGCCGCAGGAUCUGGCAGUCGAGACAAUCGAACUAUUUCUACGAUCGAAAUACGACGAAACGAAGAAUCGUCUUGGACUCGCCCAAAUCAACCAGCUCUUAAAGACGUACUUUAAGUCCAAAGGAACACUCUACGUGCAGGCAAAGGGCACACCAAUGGAUUCGCCGACUUCAGUGCUCAUGGCCGAGUCGGUCUUAAAAUGGUUGGAGUCGCUGGUUUUCUGGAACCACAGACCGAAAUGGAGGGCUCGGUAUGGGUAUGAUACCUUCGUCGUCAUCGAACAGGAUCAGGUGCUGACAUCCAAAGAACAUCUCAACGCCGUCUUACCGGACACUCAUUUUAGGAUGGAGGAGGAAGAGAAACGACAGUUGGCCAUCCUAGAUGUCCUCGUCUGUCGCAAACAGUGUGGUGGCCUAAAAACCAAAGUGUUCAGGAAAGCAACAAAUACGAUGCAAAUACUGAACUUCAACAGCAACCACGCUACCGGCCGGAAACGCAGUCGCGUAAGAGCGCUAUACCGGCGCGUUGAGACGCACUGCUAUGAAAUGGAAGGCCAUAUCUUCGACGGAUACUGAGAGUCAAUGGCUACCAGCACAACUUCCUUAACCAGUAAAUACGAAAACGACACCAGAGACCAAACCCAACCGGCCUAAAAUUUUGGCGGGCUCUUCCAUACGUGAAGAACGUCUCCGAAACCGUCAGUCGUUUUCUCACUCCACUUGGAAUUGGGGUUGCACGCAGGUCGGAAGCAACCAUUAGGCGCCAAGUCAUGAGGCCGAAAGACCCACUGCUACGGCAGGAAACGUCAGGAGUCGUUUACUGCAUCUGAUAUAGUUGCCGACAAAGCGACUAGGUCGGAGAAACGGGGAGAUUACUCCAUAUGCGAAUUGCCGAGCACGCAGCAGCAGUGAAGCGGGGGGACGCUUGCUCUCAGGUGGCGGCUCAUUCGACGGUACCCGGCCAUAUUUGCAAGUUUCAAGAGGCCGGAGUCCUGGCAAAAGGUGACAGCCGAGUGAGUCACGAGCUGCCCGAGUCAUGAUUCUCAGGCCCGCAACCACCAAGCGCAAUAACCUCCCGUUAACGUAUUGUGUGCUGAGAUUUCCUCUGGGGGGGGGGGUUUAGUCACGUGGAGAGGGCGCGGACAAGGCAUUAUCUCAGUGACAGUAAGUCAGUACUCCGAGCAAUCGUCACACUAGCAUCCAACACGAAUGACGAAAUCCCGGAAAUGGACGACUCGGACACGGACUGACAAGCCACCAUCGCAUCGAUUACGACACUAGCGGUGACUGCGCGUGCUGUUACUUUCACUUCGCGCGUGGUUGCACGGUAGCCACGUACCAUAACUACUGCACUCCUUGUACCACCUUUACACUUAUCUCCGAUUUUCUCUGAUGAUGGACUCGAGUGAGAAUCCGAAAGGUCAGGCCGAUUAGUUUCUUGUUCCAGUGAUCUCAUCUUCGUCGUCCAUCUCUAGAAGGUGGAGACCUAAACACAGACAACAUCAAAACGAGGUUUAAGGCGUUCCGAUGUCUAAGAAACUUCAAGCAACAGAAACAUAAGCGAAUGCUUUGAGAAUCCGGUCCACAGUUGUUUAAGCUAAUGCUUUCCAGUAUUCCAGUAUUCAAAUCUGGCUGUCGUUCUGAAGAUAAAAACUAUCGAUGUGUCCAUAAAGGAACUUUUCUCGCCAAAAUCUUCAAAAAAAUUAUCGCCAUGAAAAUUGUCGACCUUUGUAUAGCCAAUCAAGUUAUUAGAGCUUCCCAGCAUGGUUUUUUACCAGAUCGCUCUUGAGAAACAUAUCCUAUGUCUUUUCUCAAUGUACACACUUCUCUUCGUAAUGAUCAUUUAUCUGUGGUCGUUAUUCAACUUGAUCUUAGUCAAGUCUUUGAUAACGUGCCACAUAAAAGACUAUUGGUUAAAUUAGAAACCCUUGGACUUCACAAUCCUCUUAUAGAUUUUUAUCAAGGCUUUCUGUUUAAACGUAAACAAAAUGGUUUUAUUGGGAUCUUCACUUUUCAGUGAAAUCUCUACUGUAAGUGGUGUCCUACAAGGCACCGUUUAGGUCCUCUUUUGUUCCUGCUUUACAUAAAUGAUAUCUCGUCGGCGGUUAAACAUUCUCAGUCAUUUACUUAUACUGAUAAUCUCAAAUGUGUAUAUUCAUCCAAUAAGUCUAUGACCCUUCGUUGCCUGGAGCAAAUCCAUGCUGACUUGGUUGUUCUCUCAGCUUGGAGCUCAAAAUGGCUAAUGGAAUUCUCUGUCUAAAUGUCGCUGUAUGUAUUUUGGACUUGAUAGGCUACCUCAUCCAGUGGUCUUUUAAGGCACAUCUAUGACUGAAUGUACCACCAUCAAUGAUUUAGGAUUAAGCUUCACCAAUAAUCCUGAUAUCUCGCCGCAUUUUGACAGAAUUACGACCAAAAUUUUCCAGAUUUGUGUCUUUAUGUCUUACAGUUUCGAUCUUCCUGAAAUUAAGACUUUAUCGAAUGCUUGUACUUUCCAUUCUCGAGUAUUGCCGCCCAUUCUUUGGUUUGAUGAACGAGGCUAUUCGUUCAAAAAUCGAAAGUAUUUAAAGGCAUAUUACUAGAAGACUCUUAGGCACGGAACAAGCAAAUAUCUUCUACUCAGAUGGAUGCCAGAUAGCUAAUCUUAAAUUUCUAUGGGUUCGAAGACUGGAAGCAGGCUUCUGUCCCCUCUUUCGCAUUAAUAAUAGCGCAAAUCUUCCUCGAAUUUCAGCACUCACCCCUUGUAGUCGCCCAUCCGAUCUUCUCAGUUCUUCCUUGAUUAAACCUCCACCCGCUUCCUCCAUCUCUAAGCGCUCUCUAUGUUUUCGCUUCCAGGUAUAAUUUCCCCUGGAAUGCCCCUGCAAUAAAUAUAAGAUCUUCAGAUAAUCUACCAACUGUUAAGAGAAGGUUGCACUCAUAUCUCAAUAGUGACUCGAUUAGACUUUUAUUUUCUUCAUUCUUCCCGGACAACUAUCUCUAUGACACCGAGAAAGGGCCACCGGGAAUUUAGGACACUGCCAUUAAAUUUCCGUAUCCGAUCACAUUUUCUUCUUUUGUGUGCAGUGUCGCUUCCUAGGAUCCCUCAUCAGAAAAGUUAAUUUUUUUUUAAUUUUUCAAUUGAUGCAUCAUGUCCCUCACAGAAUGCUCUCUGUUGACGCUCUUGGAGGAAUCCACUGUAUUCGUCAUGUAAUAGUAGUCGGUUCGCAUUUUCCUCGCCCCUCCACGGUUCGACUAGAAGCUGACUGUAACCGAUCGAAUCUGGGUUCCUAUCGCCUCGAGACUUGUUUUCUAUUCGUCACUUUGACUUUAAUGGCCUCAUCGGCAUAUGAAUUCUGCCUUGAUGAUGUUCGUUUUGAACCUUUUACUCAAUGUUAAGUGCAGGUCUGACCUGCUUGACCCGCCUACUUACCCCUUCAUUAAAUCCGUUGUAUACUGCCACAUAAAGGUCGGUCCUGCCUGCUUUUUAUGCAUUCAUGAGCGACAGUUUUUUUCUCCUAUAGUGUUAAUCCAGUCAACCCAAUUUUGUUUAUAUGUUGGGAGUUUUUUCACGGCUCGCUCACCAUUCUUAGCAACAUAUUACUUAUUCAAUAACUAUAAAUCGAGUAUUGUAUAACUUCCGUUCUAGAAUUCAUGUUAAAAUUUACUCCUACUUGCUAUGAUUGGAACCCAGGGGUCUUGAAUAAAAAUUAUUUUUAUACAAGGGUAAAAAUAGUGUCUGGGUUUUGAAAUAAGACUUUGCCAUUUAGAUCUUGCUCUAGACGUCUUGGUUGCAAGAAAAUCGGUCCCUCGGGGCUUGCGUGUGUAAACUGGUAGUGGUCGAUGUCCACGUUCUAUGGCAUUCGUGUUGUGAAUUAUCGACUAUGCAACUAAUUUUAUCUUGAAGUCAAUUUUUAAUUCUCGUUGGCUGCAGGAGCGCCCGGUGUGACGAAAUCUCGAGGAACAUAUAUCAUUGGAGGACAAAAAUUUGAAACGGAAUUCGAACGCUCGCGUAGUACGCUCUUUUCAGAACAUUUCAUCAGAGGAGAAUUAGAGGAACUGAUCGAAUUAAAGUGUCCAAGACCGGACGAGAUUGCAUAAAAACUUCUCAAUGAACUUGCCAUAGCUUACUGGGAGUUCAUGACAUUCUACCGGACCGCCAACACGGGUUGCGAAAAGGAACAUCCUGCGCGACAAACUUUCUGAAAUUUCUCCGGGGCUAAGCUCGAGCUCUCCGUAACUGGCACGCUGUCUACAUCGCUCCCAGUGACUUCCAGGGGCGUAAGACACUGUACCACACUAGAGACUGUUAUGCAACCUGGAAAAAAUAUGGAUUAGAGGUAUCCUCCUCAAAUGGAUCGGAAAAUUCCUUGUAGGUCAGCACCAAGUUGCGUGCAUUGGAUAAAGAAAAUUGGAUCUUUCUGUAGUGGAGGGUUAUGUUUCCUAGGAUUCAGUGCUGGGACCCGUUUUGUUGUUAAUAUUCAUGGAUCAUGGUGCAAGAGCUUUGGAUCGAGUAGCAUCAAGGCUUGCUGACGACAUGAAAAAAAUGGAGUGAAAUCAGGGGUCCUGCUGUCGAAAAUAGCCUACAGGUAAUCCUAAAUCGGCUGGAUGAGUGGCCAAACCGUUUGCUCAUGCGGUGCAACUUCGGUACUCAUUCCACACUUCGUCUAGUCAAGCUAACCAGAUCAUCCACCGCAAUAUAUUUGUUUGGGAGUGGCAGUAAAAACACUCCUGUCAAAUGGAGAUAAAAAUAGAUUUUGUUGUGGUGUUUUAUGCUUUGGAGAGUUCAGGAGGAAAAAAACCCACCGACCAAGAAAUUCCGACAGUUAAGAAAGGGAGUGGUAGCACUGUAUCGGAUAGUAUCAGUAGCCAAUUCGUUUCCUGAAGUUGGGACUGGUCCGAAAAGAAGCGCCAAAGAACAGCUGUUACUGUUGGCUAAAGAAAUUGCCCCUGAUGAGACGACCAUAGAGAUCAGAGAUCACAAUCGCCGUCGAUACGGUAUAGUCAAUCAGUGGAUUCAACACCCAAAAUUUGUGGGAGUUUUUGCAAAUGCAAAAAUUAAGUAUUAAUUCUCCUAAACAAAAGAAAAGUUUACAGAGUCUUUACAUUCCUCGAUAGUCUAUGCCAAAUAGCAAUUGCGUUCGCAGAAAAAAACCGACGACAUUUAACGGUACGUGCUAGAGGGAAAAAUAAAAAGACAUCACGGUGACUGUUACGUCGGAAGAAAUCAGUUCAAUCGUAGGAAUUAACGUAUGUUAAUAAUUCGGUCGCACGAGCUGAUCGGAGAUCGCGGAAAAAUCAAUAUUUUGGGAACAACGUUUUGCCAGCCUCGAGUUCUAGUUUUGAAAUAAUGGCAAGAUGUGAGCCUCCGAGUGGGCCUAGGGAUGACACUGAAGAAAAUAUGCAGCAUCUAUAGAAAAUUAGGUUAACUUUGCUUGAUCCUCGGGUGGGAAAAUCGACAACCCGACUCCACAUCCCAAAAUCCAUAGCCUUAAGAAUGCCUUCGAACCUUCUGGGGUCGGAAGGCGGAGACCAGCGGACUUCAGGAAGGUCAAAGUCACCAGCAACCAAUUGAUACUUAAAGAUUUAGUCGGCCGCAGCUUGAAAUGCCAGUGGGAUUAAACUAACAAAAUUGUUAUUAACGUUGGGCGGGUGAUAGAUACAGCCAACGAGCAUGGAGGACAUAUUUUUUAGAGCAACAUGGAACCACCUGCCUUCUACCGCGGAAAAAUUCGGGAGGUCCAGUAGCAGAAAUGCAAUUGUUUGCUUAACGAAGACAAAACUAUCCUGACCACAGCUGUCCUGACGAUCAUUUCAAUUGCAGGUACGGCCUAGAAGGGAGAGUUUGGAAUCAGCUACGGAAACUGAUGCCCAUGUCUCAGUUACUAAGACAAUAUCUGGGCAAUGAACGAACACCAGAGUCUGAUGCAAAGGCAUCUUACUAAGCAAGGCUCUGACAUUUACAACAGAAGUCUAAGAGAAGGACACAUUGUAUUUGAGGGAGGUGGGCUACGUCGUCGAGUGACUGGCUGCCCACGAAACACACAGUCAGUAUGCACCCAUCCGGUUCUACAAAAAAUCUCGUGGAAUGAGAAGGUUCUGACGCCAAUAAAAAGGAGUAGGACCUGGGGGGAGUAAAUGACGGUCAGGGAAACUGGUAACCAUUGUUAGUUAGCUCAUUUUCAGCUGGAAAUCCACGGGCCGGAUACUGUAACCGAUUCCUGUCGAAACAAAACUGAGGAGCGAAUGAGCUAACUGGUACAGUAUUGACAUAAGCAUGGAGAAUCCACUGGUAUUGUAUGUAUGUAUGUAUAUUGAAGGGUUACAGGCAGAGCCCUUGAUGACCCUAUUUAUGUACAGUGCUUUCGCAGAUUCAUACUCAAAAAUAAAAUAAAAUUUCAGGCAUUUUAAAUGUGCUUGGGUCACAGUUCAAUCGUAAUCAUAAGGUAGUGCAUGGGGUCACUGUAAAUUAGUGCGGAAGAUUGUAUAUGACAGAUUUUACAAAACUGGCUGUGCAUAGUCAUGCUGUACGAGCCGAUUUCUGUCGAAAACUAGACGAGCAAGUUUUCUUUUAAACACACAAACUGUGUCAGCCGUCACCAUCUCGCUUGGAAGCGAGUUCCACGGCCUGACAACCCGCUGGCUGAAAGAAAAUUUUCGCCGGUCUAAACGUGUUCGCUCAUUCCCGACUUUGAAUGCAUGGCCGCGUAGUUGGUUUGUACGGGCGAACUCAAAGAAGUCCUCUGCCCUUAAUGAGCAACCCUGGCCGCGAACAAUCCGGAACGUCCAGAGUAGACUGCAGUUUAUUUGUCUAUAAGAGAGAGGGAAUAGGCCAAGCAAAUUCAGCCUCUCCUGAUAAGACAAAUGCUUUAGACCGUCGACCAUCUUUGUCGCUCUGCGUUGCACCUGUUCGAGUAAGUUGAUAUCCUUCCUCAUCCAUGGUGAAGCUGCUGGCAUUCCAUACUCUAGAUGAGGUCUUACAAAGACACCAAAGAGUCUUUCGAAGAGUUCAGGAGGAAAUAUUUUAAAUGCACGUCUGAUCCAGUGUAGAGUACUAGUUGCCUUCUGGACCAUCUUUCUGCAGUGUUCUGAUGGCGAUAGAUUUGUGGUCGUCAAUACACCCAGAUCUCUGUGUCUUUCCACAGUUUCUAACCUCGUCCCGUCAAUAUAGUACUGGUGUUUGGGAGAGGCAUUGCGGCCGGUGUUCAGGUGCAAAACCACGCAUUUGGACACGUUAAACUUCAAAAGCCAUCUGUUCGACCCAGCACACAGUUUGUUGAUGUUCGACUGCAACUUCUCUGCGUCAUCAUCACACUUGACUUCACUCCAUAUUUUUAUGUCAUCCGCGAACACGAGAGCCUCGCAAUUCACUUCGCUGAUACAGUCAUUAACAUAAAUCAGGAAGAGUACUGGGCCUAAGACAGAACCCUGUGGGACACCACUUUCCACCUUUACCCAUUCCGAGGUAGAAUUACUAACGACGACUCUUUGUAGUCUGGAGGACAGAAAACUCCUGAUCCACUUAAACAUUCUCCCUUGAAUCCCUACCUCCCAGAUCUUUUGCAAAAGAAGCCUGUGUGGGACACUGUCAAAGGCCUUCUUGAAGUCAAAAAAUAUGACAUCUACUGGAAAACCCUUAUCGGUAGCUCGUGUCCAUUUCUCGUGUGAGUAAAGAACACUCGUUAAGCAGGAGCGCCCUGGACGAAAGCCGUGUUGGGCAUCGCAUAAUAUUUUCUUCUGUUUCAGGUAUUUCAUCAAGUGUCUUUUGAUAAUGCGUUCCAUUAUUUUACACGCGAUGCAAGUAAGACUGACAGGACGAUAAUUUCCGCAGUCAAGUCUUGAGCCUCCUUUAUGGAUCGGAGUAAUCAGUGCGCACUUCCAUUCUUCCGGUAGCUCGCCGUCUUCAAAUGACUUUUGAAAUAUUGCGGAUAAGGGUUUACACAGUUAAUUAGCAAGUUCGCGAAGUGCUAGGGCGGGAAUUCUAUCUGGGCCAGGCGAUUUGGCAGGUUUCAGCCGGAGUAGCUCGGCUCUAACAAUGGUAGAUGAAAAGAGUGGUUCCUCGGUUAAGGAGGGUAGGGAGGGGAUAGGAUGGGGAAGGGUACUGGGAGGAGAGGUUGUUUGGCGAAUGGAUGGAUGAGCAAAUAUAGCACUAGGUGCUCGGGUGAAGACGGACUGAAAGAAGUCGGAGGAAGCAUGAUGGCAAAUGGGGAAUGCACUGCUUCCAUCUGAGCAAGAAUUCUAUUAAAAGGCUAAAAUUUCGGCAUGCUCGGACUAAUCGCCUCGAUAUGAGGGAUAGGAGGCAGUUUGAAACACGCUACGUUUUGGGCUGUCUAGUUUGGGGCAGUCUUAGGCAAUUGUAAGGAAAUGAUUCCAUAAUGGAGCUGGAUUUACCCGGUGCCCAAGUGGCUGAGACGGCAUUUAGAUUGGCCUUUGACUUAGGCACUUGAUUAGGCAAUAACUUUAAACGCUUGUUCAAUGACUUUUUCAGAAGCGCUGUUGUGUCGCCAUAUAUAAACUGAUCGAGUAUUUCGUCGGCUGAUGUUCUGUUACGACUAGCAUGGGCGUAGUUAUGGACGAUUAAGGGGUAAAGAGGUUCUACUCGAACUAAAGAGAUUUUUGAGUUAACAUAUACACAGAAGGCAACGAACAAAUGCUGGCAUUUGCUGCGUCUCCGGCCACGAUUCUAGCACACAGAGGCGAUUGGGAGGACGCAAGCUUUCGACUUUUAGUACGUGUUCUUUGGUACAUUACAGGGUACUAGUUAGGUUUUCGGUUGCAUUAAAAGGUUUGAAACGUUGCUAACGUUAAACAAAUCGCAAGAAGUAGCAAAUACUACUGUUAGUUCCCUCUAGAGACUAGCAUGAGACGGUCUGUCACGGAGUCACUGGGAAAACACUUCACAAAAUACGGCUACUUCAGCAGACUGUCAGACAAGAUUGGAAAAGAAAAAAUACCCGGCAGUGAAAAACGACAUUUAAAAAGGACUUCAGUAACACAUAGGCAUUAAUUGCUUUAAAAUAUCAAAGUAUAGGCAAAGCUUCACCUAUCUUUGAGAGUGAACUGCGCGCCUUGUCCGUUCUGUACGCCAGCAAUCGUGCAUUUAUGGAUUUUAACGACGAUAUCAUCGCAAAGAUUUCUGGGACAUUCGUCCGGCGCACACGGAAUAAAACUUACAGGCCUGGAGAACAUGAGCGGUUCGAAGUGAAAAAUCUUUUUGAAAGAGUCCAGCGGAGAGUCACAAAGCUGGUUAGGUGCCAAGGCUCCUUUUCUUAUGCAACCCGCCUAACAAAUCUGAACCUCUUCCCUUUGAUUGAUAGCUAAGUGCGCGGGGAUCUAUUGCAAGCAUUCGCCCAUAUGAAAGUAUUGAACUACAGCCUGGACUUUGUAGCAUUUGUGCCCGCUAUUAUGACGAACCUCUGAGAACGCGCGUUAAAACCUCACUCAACAGACAAGGCUGGAUAUGCAGAAGUUCUCCUUCUCUAUCAAAGUGGUUACACCUUGGAAUACUCUCCCGGCAGAUGUUAUUGCUUCACUAUCGGAAGAAAGCUUAAAACUCAAGGAUGAGAGGUCAACCGCAACCCUGAAGCUCACGUUCAAUUCAACAUGGCAUAAUGGACAAAUCCCAACCAUUUAGCCAACAUGGUUUCCCCCUUAAUCACAAUUUAGUAAGGUACUUAAAGGCCCACACCUAUUUCCUUCAACGAACCUGACUGAACCGAAAAGACUACAUGUUUAUCUGAACAAUGAUCCGAUUGAAUUUUUACUUUCCUCAUCCUUCUUGAGCAGUAUUCUACAUAGCUUUCAGAAAGGACCACUGGAAAUUUAGAACCUCGCCCACAGAUUAUCGUAUCCGCCCACAUUUCUCUCUCUAGUUUUUGUUGCGCCUUCCGCAAACCCAUAUCAGUAGAUUCUAUUUCCCAGCCCAUGCCAAGUGUCCUUCACAAAAUCACAAAAUGCGAAGUUCUCUCAACCAAACUUUCAAAGGAGCAACCUUGGUCAUGCUGGCGUGCAGUCUCUAUGCCAAGUCCGAUUCGCUUGCCACUAACCCUCAUUUGGAGUCCGUUCCGGCUUCUAGAAUGUCGAGUUCUCGACUCCACUGUUAGUGCGAACCUCGGUCUGCUACCACCCAAGAUUCCCAAAAUUUUGUUCUGCCUACAUGACAAAUCCCCGCACGAUCUAUCAUGUUCCUUUGCGAAGUAUUUUUUUCUGCUAGAGAUUGUUCUGGAAGUAACUGCUAUCUUGGGAAUUUUCGUCACUGCUUCGUCCGCAGUCCGCUAUUUUUUUAACAGCAGCUUCCACUUUUGAACACCAAUACCGUCUACAUUGCCCUUGUUUUACCAAUGGACUCAGUUUUAACAUGCUUUCGACAGUACCCUCUAUGCGCUUAAAAAUAUAUUAUAUUAUAAAUACGCAUAUAAUGUUAUUAUUAUUUUAAUCGCGAUGGUUUUUUGUCCUUAGCUUUGCUUCCUAUCACCUAAGCUCCCUUUAAAAAGGUGCUACAUUAUUAAUCGCUUGCAGGUUCAGUUGCAGUCUCAGAAUCAUACAACCUAAACUUAAAUGAGUAUGAUCGAUUCCAGCCCCCAGAAAUGACCGAACCCCGAAUAUUGGUGUUCCGGCUGUUUCCACCAUUCGUCGGUGUUGUUAAUGUCGCUAGUUAGAAUGAGCCGCGUUCUUCGUAGCCGUAUCUUAAACCUUUCUCUUAGGCCUUUCACUUCUAAACCCUCCACUGCCCUUGAAUCUGCAUCUUGCCCAACACACACUGGACAGGUAGAUCCCAACUUAGUCUCCUACUCACACUUACAGGUGUUUGACCAGCGAGACUUUCGGGUUGCACGGUUUAUGGAGUCGGCAAAAUUGGUACGCCGUCCCUUUCAUGCAUUUUUAAUCUCUCUCCCGACAUGGACUAUUUAAAGGUCCGUUUUCGCGGUGUACAAUUGUCUGGUGUCUUGCCCUGGUAUAUGCAUGAUAUGGGCGCGAAACUAGGUUGACCAAAUGAGCCAGAAAACCCAAGGCUGACAUAAUGUGUGCUUUUGUCGCAGACACGAGAUUGAAAUGUUCUUGGCGCUUAUAUCAGCACAUAAGGAGUGCGAAUCGAUCAUACCUUCAGCAAGCGUGAUGGACCUCUUUCGUUGAUAACCAACGGCGGUAAAUCACAUGGGAAAUUUAAUGUUCGCAUAUUGCCCUUAAUAGUGAUUUCGUGCGCAAAAAAUAUGCUGCACAAAGAAUCGUAAACCGUCGUGUUUAGGACAUAGCCUUACAUAAUCGUUCUUUAUUUUGUUAAAACAAACCUUUAGAAAUUUCUAAUGGGAUGCGGCGACGUCAUUGACAACCACAGAAUACUUAUUCGUGCGUUUGUAAUCUGGAACGCUGAGCGCCGUUCCAACUACCACUAAGUCAUUUGACAUUAAUAUAACCCAGUUAUCGUGGGCUACUACAAGGAAGUCUUUUCCAUAACUACUGCGCGUGGUUAUAUUCCCAGUAAACAGCAAACAGACCGGGUGUCUGUGUAGAGGUGGUUCCUACCGAAAAUCUUGUUAACGCCUCGUGCAACAAACAUCAAACACGUUUCCGCGCUUUUGCGCAGGAGUAUUUUGUUUAUCGUUCUUGAUAAUGGGGCCCGGCCAUCUAGUGGCCUAGAUAAGACUCCUAGACCAUUGGAGUGCGUCCUUCGUGACUGACAGAUGCUAAUCCGAGUCUGAUUGUUACCAAGCGUAAAGAUGACGUCAUCGCUACAAUCGAUGCUGUUCGCGGGUUUUUGCAGACCUUUGAGGCUGACCUUGAACGGGGCGUGGGAACUCAGCAUCCGUAUAGUCUGCUUUGUAUGAUUGAUAAUGCUCAGUUGGGCGUAGAAAAAAAACGGGAAAACUGGACGUAUUUGACCAGUGUUGCCCGAGAUGUCUGUCACGAGUAAAUUUUGCAAUCCAGUGAGGUUGUACACCCUCUGUUCCAAUUAUCGUUAGGAUAUCUCGGAUUACUCAAGGAAGGUGACGGAGAUUGUUUGAGCACAAUCGUUGUCACUUGAUCCAUUUCCCAAGAAACGCGUCCUUAGAUCUAACUCCUUGGCCUCACUUGAUGCUGCGACGAUGGAAACGCAAAACCUAACUCGAUACUGCCCAGAUACCGAGCCGAUCCUUGGGCCCACAGUCUUCGAUCUUCCCCCUAGGAUUUAUAAUUGGGCACCAUUAGGAGCCUCACCAGACGCAGGUACUUCCUGUCUCGUUUGCAUUCUUAAGAUAUCCUUCGAGUGAAGCACUCUCACGAUUUAUCUUGCUGUCGUAUGGCACGUGGUUUUAGACUUGAAUACGCUUGGUUCUCCAGCAAACUAGUUGCCAACUUGAGAAAGACAGUAUCGAGUACCUCAGGGCGAGGCUACUGCCUAACGGACAGGGUAAGGACGACAUCGUCUCUCGAAUCGAUGCCGCUCGCAGGGUUUUCUCAAUCCUGGGUAAGUGUCCAUGGAUCCGACUCGACAUCUCCAUCGCCGCAAAGAUUCGGGUGUACCAAGCAUUCGUCCGGUCAAUUUUCUACGGUUGUGAGCGCUGGGCUUUGCAUGUGGAAGAUGGGCAAAGACUGGAGGUAUUUGAUCAUUGCUAGCCGGGGACCAUCUUUCGAAUUAAUUUCACCGACCUUGUCUCAAAUGAGGCAGCCCACACUCGCGGUAACGGUAUUUCGAGGAUAUCCCAGGCCAUCUAAGAGCGACAACUAGGGCGGCUUUGGCACGUUUUUCGUCGUCCGCCUCACAGAUUCAUUCAUACUGCCGUCGACCCGGCAUCGUUGCCCAUCAGGAGGCUUUUAAGAUAAGGUCACCUCAAGACCUGGCCCGACACGGGAUUCUUGGACCUUUCGGUUUCUGGUCCCAGCCGCUGGAGAAGAGAAUGAGUCAAGCUGUCCAGAUUCGCUGCCGCAUGCAUGACAACAGCCCCACCAAGUACCAAACUGGCUUUGGUUUGUUAUUUGGUUCCGUAAAUCAGUUUUGCUAGCCGGAAUUAGGUCUCCCCUUGCCAUCUUAGUUCUGCGCAAGCGCAUGGCGUACACACUAGGCCAAACCAACCGGCGUUGGCUGGAGCUGAGCAGCAAACACCUGUUUAUUGAUAGGUGCCACAGCGACUGUUCUUGUCCUCUAACUCUGUUUUUUUCCGCCGUACAGUCUGCUCCUGCUCUGCCAUCCCUCCACUAGGACCUAGUCGCUAGAAUCCCCCUGAAGCGAUUACUUUUUCCCACACCGACACACCAUCUACUGCUUCGUGUGGACCACCUGACUGGAGCUCUGAUAGGCGAACCGCCUCCCCAUAUGCCCAGAGCGUGGGAUAUUCCGUCAGCCUUGUUCCUGUACAGGAUGCUUCACAAAACCUCCCGCUCUCCAAUUAAUCAUAGUGUCCCUGGUAGGCGAAGCAGGUUCGCUGCAAUACCUGCGGCAAAUCCAGUUAACUGGCGAUCCGACUAAUCUGAGUUCGUUGUAUAUGAUUUUAUAGGUCGACGACUUUCGGUGAACCUGUUCCCAAAGUUGUCGGAUUCACAGGAAAGAGUGGGCCGGUCGACCAAUUCAUCGAUUAUAUACAUAAGCAUUUUUGUCAGUUUCUCCAAGUCUGUAAGGCGGCCGAAUAUCCCGUCUACACGACCCUCAGAUACCGGUCGACGUUUUCUUUCCCAGAGUACUCGAGCCUCAGUGCACCAACGUUGGAAAAAUUUCUGUGGUACCAACAUUUUCAGUCGUAAUAUUAAAUGAACGCAUCGUUGCUGCAUUGGCAUAUGGCAUACAUAACAUUGUAUAGGGCCGUUAAUAGUAUUAUACGUGCCCGAGGGCAAAAAAUUGUUUUCUGUACUAGGCAUUGACUGACUCAACAAACAUAAGUAGAAGGGGCGCCUCUUUCAGAGAUGUGACGGACUGAGAUUUCUAAACAAAGCAUUGCAUCCCGUUGGUAAGACUCACAAGCAGUGUAAACGUAAAUACUUUUACUUUCAUAAAAGAUAGGAGACGUUUUCGCUUCCUGAAAGUUCGAAUAUGCACACUUUCUAACGCCAUAUUGGCACAAUGAAGUGUCACAGGAUCAAGCAGCAGUGUAGACAACCGAGGUUUACUUCUGGAAUGGUUUUUUCUGUUUUGCGGCCAGCAGGGCAGCUUGUUAACAUUCACCUCUCAAUUUCAGGUGAACAAAAGUUUUGCGGCCGACCUUAUUAACCAGAUCCCUCCUAAGAAGGUUACCAGCCACAUUACAUAUUGUGACGGAGGUGGUGGUGCCCUUGGACAUCCAAAGGUGUACAUAAAUCUGGUAAGUUAACGAGCCUUAUGGUCUCUGGUUUUUUAAUUUUUGUUCUUUCCAAGCUUUUAAUUCUGCUUAUACAGGCAUAAUUUACUUCCUCGACAUAGUUUCCAUGCCUGCCCAUGCACGUUUGAUUGCUUUAUUACUAUUACUAGGAUCAACCAGGCACACAUACGUGCGGAUACUGCGGUCUUCGCUUCGAACUUUCUGAGACAAAUUAG